AUGUCUUAUGAGAAAGAAGAAUCGAUAGCUAUUCAAGCAUGUCUUCAAGCAGCUAAAUUAACUGAACGUGUUCGUUCGAAAAUACCAAAAGCUAUAGAAAAAAUAGAUAAUUCACCAGUUACUUUAGCGGAUUUCGGUUCUCAAGCAUUAAUAUGCUAUCAUAUUCAUAGUGCAUUUCCUGAUGAUCCUAUUGUAGCCGAAGAAAACCCAAAAGAAUUACUUAAACCUGAAAGAGCUGGAGAUCUUAAACAAAUAGUUGAUUAUGUUAAAGAAGAUAAUAAAGAUGUCGAUGAAAAGAAACUUAUUGAAUGGAUUGGGUAUGGUAAUGGACGUGUUAGCGAACGUUUUUGGACAUUAGAUCCGAUUGAUGGUACUAAAGGUUUCAUACGUCAAGAUCAAUAUGCAAUUGCACUUGCUUUAAUUGUUGAUGGUGAUGUUAAAGUUGGUGUUAUGGCAUGUCCGGCAUAUGGUAGUGAUGGAGGGCUUUUAUUUUAUGCUGUUCGUGGUAAAGGUUCCUAUACACAAUCAAUUACUUCAUACGAUACAACUAUACCAACUCGUAUACAUAUAGUAGCAAAUAAUGAUCAGAAUACUUUUCGUUUUACUGAAAGUGUUGAAAGUUGUCAUGGUGAUCAAACGAAACAAAAUGAAAUAGCAAAGCGUAUUGGAAUUCAAACACCACCAAUACGUAUGGAUUCACAAGUAAAAUAUGGCUUAGUAGCUAAUGGAGAAGCCGUACUUUAUUUUCGUUUUCCGAAUCCACAUAGACAAGAUUAUCGAGAAAAUAUUUGGGAUCAUGCAGCAGGUACAAUUAUUGUUGAAGAAGCUGGAGGAAAAGUAACUGAUAUGGAUGGUAAACCAUUAAAUUUUCGAGAUAAUGAAAAAAUGCUUCAUAAUCGUGGAGUUAUUGUUAGUAAUGGAAUAAUUCAUGAUCAAGUACUUGAAGUUUUAAAAAGUUAG